AUGGGCUGGAAAAACGCUUAUCCUCACCUCACGACUCAUGACAACCUGGCCACUCUGAGCGUUCUCCCAUUCGGCCCACCUCAGCCCGUCCAACUCCGGCACUUGGCAGCCCCACUUUCGCAGCCCUUGGGCCCGGCCCUCUUUGCUGUAUCGUCGAAACGGGCGUCCGUCCAAAUGGCUUGUCAUCACAGUCUUGCCCAACUUGACAUGCGUCAAUCUAUGGCCAGGCCAUUACACAGUCGUUGCCCACUUUUGCAAAUACCCCUCGUGCCAUUAGAGCAAGAAGGAAUCGGCUGUCUCUGCAGGUGA